AUGCCUGUUUUCCAAUCCAAAACCUUUCGUCGGGCGGCUACGGAAUCAUCGUCCCUCGGUGAACGGCUCGGUGCAUUCUACCGGGCGCGACUGGCUCGACACCCUUUUAUUCUCUUCGGACUCCCAUUUAUGGCCGUUAUUGUAGCUGGGUCAUUUGCCUUGACACCUGCCGCUGCCUUACGGUAUGAGCGGUAUGACCGCAAAGUCAAGCAGCUCAGUCAAGACGAAGCAUUUGACCUCGGACUCAAGGGUCCUGACGGGGAGGAGGGAAUCAAACGCAACCCGCGGAGGAGGAUUAUAGGCGACGAAAAAGAAGAAUACUACAGACUCAUGGCCAAAGAUCUCGACCAAUGGGAACAGAAGCGGGUAGAGCGAUUCAAAGGUGAACCGGAUGGAAGGCUGUAA